UGGUUGAACAGUCCCGUCAUACAUCGCGUGGCCAACGGCUCUCCCAACCGAAAGCUCGCUCAAUGAAUUGCCGUCCUCAAUUUACACUGGUAGAUUUCCUGAAAUCUUUUGAAGAAAGCCCGGCCAGGAAGGAACUGUGAACCACUCCUAUGCCGCGGACACCACUGUCCUUCCGUGUAGUUGACUAGGGUGGCGGAGCGUGCGUUCCUCGGCUCGCUUCUGAGGUUUUGGUCGGGGAGGCUGUGGGACUUCGGCGCUGGUCCCGAGAGAUGAUGGAGCUAGAGAUGGCCAGUAGCCGGGUUGAACUGGGAGCUGUGGGGGACCCGCUGCAGCCACAGACACCGAGCAGGCAUGAAAAGAGUCUGGGACUACUCACCGCUAAGUUUGUAACUUUGCUGCAGGAGGCCAAGGACGGAGUGCUGGAUCUGAAAGCUGCAGCGGACACAUUGGCAGUACGGCAGAAGCGGCGGAUCUAUGACAUCACUAAUGUGUUGGAGGGAAUUGGCCUGAUAGAGAAAAAGUCAAAGAACAGUAUCCAAUGGAAGGGUGUUGGCCCAGGUUGUAAUACAAGAGAGAUAGCGGACAAGCUGAUUGACCUGAAGGCAGAACUUGAUGAUCUGGCCGUCAGAGAACAUGAGCUGGACCAGCAGAGAGUCUGGGUGCAGCAGAGCAUCAAGAAUGUCACAGACGACUCCAACAACAGUCCUAUGGCAUAUGUGAAACAUGAGGACCUCUGUGGAGCUUUCAAAGGUGAUACGCUUCUAGCGAUACGUGCCCCCAUUGGCACUCAGCUAGAGGUGCCCAGACCAGAAUCUGUAAGUACUGUUUUGAAUGGACAAAAGAAAUAUCAGAUCCGUUUGAAAAGUUCUUCUGGCCCCAUUGAGGUUUUACUAGUCAACAAGGACCCGUCCAGUGCCUCUCCAGUUGUUUUGCCUGUCCCUCCUCCCGAUGACGUACUUCAGAGCCUCCCAGCACCGUCGCCCUCCUCCCAGGCUCCAAAAGCAGCUCCAGAACCUGUGAAAACUGGAUGUUCCACAACAUCAUCCGUUAGCCAGCCAACCUCAGUUACAGAAGUCUCAAGCACCACGCCGCUCAAUCCAACCACAGAUGCUCCCACUGCCGUUCCUCAGCAACUUCAAUCCUCUGCCUCCUUGGAUGGAUCUGCGUCGUCAUCUGCGUCUGCAGUGUUUGAGCCAAUGAAGUCUGACCCAUCUGAACUGCUGGACUUUCCCAAAGAGCUUUCGGAAAUGUUUGAUCCGACAAAAGAGAUCAUGAGCGGAGAUUUGUUGGAGGACCUGAUGUCAUCAGAAGUAUUCUCGCCCCUCCUGCGUCUGUCGCCCCCACCUAGUGACCACGACUACAUAUACAACCUGGAUGAGACGGAAGGCCUGUGUGACCUCUUUGAUGUUCCCAUUUUAAACCUCUGACCCAAAGACAACCAUCACAGAGGGGGAACCCCUCGAGGUUAAUGCCGCCCUAACUCCCUUCGUUGACUGUGAAGGUGAGCAUGAAACAAUACAAACUGGAUCGGUGUUGACAGACUCCUUUUGAGCUGGGAGCUCAACCUUGACCUCAGUCGCGCCACUUCAGCCACGGGAUGGAAACCACCGGCGAGAUCCCAAAUGUUCAUUUCCAGCUUUUCCAAGAAUCAUAACACAACAGAAAAAAAUAUAUAUUUUUGGAUUGUUGUUUAUAUGUAUGUAAAUGUUCUUGCAAAUGAAUGUGUGAAGGCUUUUGCCUAUGUGCAUAUUAUGUGGGAUUUGUACAAGUCCGGUGUGUUGAGCAAAGAAAAAAAAUAUAUCUUCCUAUCAGGUCCAGUCAUGACAACGUAACGGAGCGCAGCCUUUAUCAACCACCAGCUGCUCACACAUGGCUUGCAUCAGUCCAAACGCAGCUGGUGAUAGAUGCACUAUCUUUGUGUACAUAAAGUAUAUAUUUUGUCUUAGCAGCACAUUGUCUAAACAGCUACAUUUGUGGUGCAGGCAUAGAAAAAGUUAGCAAAUACGCACAUCAAACUCAACGUAAACAUCUUAAGUCAUACAAAUAUAUAAAAACAUUGAGUAGUCUUUUUUUUUCCUCAGCGUUUCCCUGAUCUCUAAAGACAAUGUACAAAGGACCAAAAAUAAUCACAAGUGAACACAUUUUAUUCUUUGAACAUUUGUUUUUCCAUUUUGAUAGUUGAACAUUGCAGUGUGUUUUUAAAGAAUUGGGAUGGGUUUUGUUUUAUUGUCUUAAACUAUCCAGCUCAAGUUAACACACUUGAACUUGAUGUGCUUUAUUUUCAUAGUGCUUUUGUUGUUGAAAGUUUUAUUGCUAUUUAUAUGAACCAUAACAUAUUUGGCAAAUACCAGUACUCACCUCUGCUGAACAAAAAAAAUGUGAUUUGCCUUGCAGCUUUGUGCACUAAUUGCCAUGUAUUUUGUUCAGUUGGAUGUAAAAAUCAUGCAUUUAUUUAAAAAAAAAAAAGGCAGUGAGAUACAUCUUUCCGUUCAUUUAUGCUCGGCAUACAAUGGAUACGUAUUUGUUUUUAAGUCUUUCUGAAAUGCUCCCUUGGCUUUUUUCACCUUUGUAUACAUACAUAGAAGAAGUCAAUUGUUACUGUUUAACACAAAUGUCAUCAUUCUACAAGUGUUCUGUAAAAUCCCUUGUGUAUUUUUAUUUCCCCAGACACACUGUACAUACGCGAAAUAGUAUAGCAUUUUUUUUGACUGCUUGUUAUAUUAAAGGAUUGUUGUGAGUAAUUUGCGGCUCUACAAUUAGAAUACAGUAUAUGGAAUUUAUCGCCACUACUUGCUAGACCAUCAAAGCAUCCCGCGAUGCACUUUAUAUCACUGUGGCCAAAUGGGCUUCACUUAUUCAGUCCUUGAUCACCAGCCAGACAUUUUGUGAGUACUCCUUCAAAUAGACCAGGAUCUGGAAUUUCUCCAUUGCGAGACUAAUAAAGGUUUUCUUAAUCUUAAUCACUUUGAACUUUAGAGGUGAGGAUGUGUAAAGUUUGUGUGUUGGAGUCGAAAUUGUACGUUCCCAUAGCUUUUAGUUUAGGAUAGAUGGACACCUGGCAAGCUGUAUUUGCAGAGGUGUCUGACUCAUUUUUACAUCAUGGUUAUUGUUCCCCUGGGAGGGCCGUUAUGACUGUGGACCCAUAUACAGACAUGGCCAAAAUUGUUGGUACCCCUCUUUUAAUUAAUGAAAGAAAAAAAACUGAUCAUAUAAAUAACUUGAAUCUGAAAAAAGUAAUAUAUAAAGAUGUAACCAUUGAAAAUCAGACAUUGAAAUGCAAAGGCAUUGUGGUUCCAGAGAAUUAGUUUAAAAAGGAAAACUCAUGAAACAGGCCAUCUUACAAAAUUAUGAGCCUUUUAUAUUUUGUCGCACAACCCUUUAAGAUAACCACUGCAAUCAAAUCGUAUGUAACUGCACCAACAAUGUUGUCCAUCUGUAUAAAUAUAUUAUUACCAUGUAUUAUUACAUAUACAGUACACCACAAAUUGAUGGAUCACUAUUUUUUAAAAACCAGAAGCCAAUAACAAAAUAUUUGUUCACCUUUUGUUUCAUUUAUUUUAGAAGUGUGGUUGACAUAAGAAAUCAAGGUACAUAAUUUACCUUUGCGGGCCACAUAAAAUGAUGUGGCGGACCAGCCCUGGCCCCUGGGCCUUGGAUAUCUGCAUGAGCUGUAUUGCAUAUUAUGUAAAUAAAUUAACACUGAAAUCUU